CUUGUUGAAAAGUGGAAAUUAGUGAAAGGAGAUUUAGUUCAAAUCACUACCGGAAAGGAUGCCGGAAAGAGAGGUGUUAUUAAAAAGGUUUUACGUGAUAAGAAUAGAGUUGUAGUUGAUGGUUGUAAUUUGGUUAAAAAGAAUAUUAAAAGAACUGAAGAAAGAGCCGGUUAUUCAAUUAUGAAGGAAUCUCCACUUCAUUGUAGUAAUGUUGCAUUGGUUUGUCCAGAAACUGAUAAAGCCACUAAAGUUGCUUGGCGUUAUAUGGAAGAUGGUACCAAAGUAAGAAUGGCCAAGGAAAGUGGUUCUGUUAUUCCAAAGCCUGAA